GCGUCAAGAGAAGCUCAACUUCUCACCCUAACAACAGAGCUUUUCCAUCAGUGGGGGUGUUCUCAGAGCAAUUUUUUUCAUUGCUGCUGAGACAGGGGGAUGCUGUUCUCCAUUCUGACUUAGGUUGCAUCCCUCAGUCUUCUAGCUGAAACUGUACUGCUCCUGCAUUUACUGCCUGGAGUUUGAACAAGGACAAAAACUCAUCUGACGGCUAAGCUGAUCUGUCACUGAUCAGUCCUCCAGCCAAACCAUGAGGGUGGUGGUCCUGCUUUGUCUGCUGGCACUGGGCAGCAGCAGCAAACACAACCAGCGAGUCAACAUCAUGGACUUCAUGAGAAACUACGACGUCAUGAUGGCAGAUUCCAGGCACGACGAGGAUGACGACGACGAUGAUGACGACAACAGUCAUUACCAUGAUUACUACGGCAACUGUCCAAUGGAUUGCCAUUGUUCACCAAGAGUGGUACAGUGCUCCGAUCAAGGUUUGAUUAAUGUGCCUGCAAAGAUUCCUGACCACACUGUGAUGAUUGACCUCCAAAACAAUGAUAUCACUGAGAUCAAGGAGGAUGAUUUUAAAGGCCUGGACAAGCUUUAUGGCUUGUUCCUGAUCAAUAACAAGAUCACAAAGAUUCACCCCAGGGCCUUCAAAAACAUGAAUCAUCUUCGACUGCUCUACCUGUCCUACAACCUGCUGACCGAGAUCCCGGCAAAUCUGCCUCCCAAUGUCAUUGAGUUGCGCUUCCAUGAAAACAGGAUUAACAGGAUUCAGAGAGAUGCUUUUAAAGGCUUGAAGAAGCUCCAUGUGCUAGAGCUGGGCGCCAACCCUCUGGCCAACAGUGGAAUUGAGCUUGGAGCUUUCAAUGGCUUGUCAACCCUCUAUGUUGGCAUGUCAGAGAGCAGGCUAACGGCUAUACCCAAAGACUUGCCCACUUCCAUCACAGAGCUAAACCUCGAGUACAACAAGAUAUUUAAGGUGGAAGUUGAAGACCUCAUCAGAUAUAAAAACCUGCAGAGACUGAGCUUGGCUUUCAACCAAAUCAAGUUUGUGGAAAACGGCAGUUUUGCAAAGGUCCCAAACAUCCGUGAGAUCCACCUAGACAACAACAUUCUGAAAAAGGUCCCACCAGGUCUCAACUCCCUGCGAUACCUCCAGGUUAUUUUCCUCCAUGCCAACAAAAUCACCAGUGUGGGAAUCAACGAUUUCUGUCCCAUCAGAUUUGGCGUCAAAAAGAACUUGUACUCAGGCAUCAGCCUGUUUGCAAACCCUGUCAAGUACUGGGACAUCCAUCCGGCCACCUUUCGCUGUGUAGGCGGACGAAGAGGCAUUCAGCUCGGAAACUUCAGGAAAUAGCAGGGAGGGGAAAUGAUGCCUUCAUGACAACUCAUAAAAUGGACAGCUGCCGAUAUCCGUUUAACAGCAUAACAGGGGAGAGCUGGAAAACCAAUCUUGUAGUCUGUUCAGCAGAAAACAACACCUAUGUUUAUUGAUAGAAAGUCCACUCGAGACCCUGUCUCUGCUUUGUCAGGUACACAAAUUGUCCCCCUCCACUUGCAGUCAGUUUUCCUAUAAAUAGAGCGCCUCCCACAGAUCACACCAAGAACAACCCUCAAACAACUUGAGUAGUUUUACAUGCUACAUUCUUUUGAGUAUAUUAAUAUUGUAUGAGAUACUGUUGAGGAGAGAAAUAAGCUUAAGUUGACUCUGUAGCAUUCAUAAAAUACGACAAACAGAUAAUAUAAUUAUAUUUUCUGUCUUUGCUAUUUGUUUUAUUUUGAUGAAUUUUUUGAUUUGGGGCUUUGCCGGGGCCAGCUGUGAAAUAACUGGAGCUUAAAUCUCCCAUUUUUUACUGAACAAGUAUUCCUUCCAGCAAGUCUGUAUUCACUGGAGGAUAUUGGUGAUAUUUAGUGCAAUAAGUGACUCAAAAGCCCAAUUUUUUUGUCUUUUAUAUGAUCUCUGCAUACAUGUCUAGUACUUCAAGAGACAUGACAUUGGUCGUCAUGUGAAAGUGUCCUCAGCAGGGCUGGUGAUAUACAAACUUUCUAAGCUCCAAAUGCCUCUGGAAUUGAAAUAAAUGUGGCAACUAAAUUUAUCACAUUUAAAUUAUAAAUGGAUGGAAAUUAUGAGCAUGGAUAUUCUGUAUACCUAUGCGUAUUUUGUCUGCAGCCCUUGUUAAUACAAACUGUUGCCAUUUUCUCCAGUGUCCUCUCCUCUAAUGGUGCUAUAUUUAUUGAGUAUGUCUUUAAAUAAACCUGGA